AUGAACUUCAUCCCCAACAUCAGCAUCCUCAUCACCACUGUCAUAACUACAUACAACAACACUACAGUGAACAACAAUGUCAUCACAAGCAAUACCGAUACUGACAUUAUACCCAACAAUGUUGACCGAGACAUUCCUGAGAUCAACAAAGAUUUACAUCUUCGAGAGGGAGACAUUUUGGAGAACAAGCACAGGAGUGCUAUUUUAGGAGAUGAUUACAGAUGGGAGUCUCCUAUUCCCUAUGUGCUAAAUGAAGACCUUGAUAUGAAUGCCAAAGGUGUUAUUUUGAGGGCCUUUGAACAGUUCAGGUUGAAAUCAUGUAUAGAUUUCAAGCCAAGGGAGAGUGAGGACUACUACAUCUCAGUUGAGAAGAAGGAUGGGUGUUACUCAUAUGUAGGGAACACAUUCACUAACGGCCAGGUUCUCUCCAUUGGUGCUUAUUGUGACACCAUUGCUAUUGUCGAACAUGAGUUUCUUCAUGCUCUGGGUUUCUUCCAUGAACAGUCCAGAUAUGACAGAGAUGAGUAUGUCACAAUUGUCUGGGAAAAUAUCUUGGCAGGAAGAGAGAGCAAUUUCAAUAAGUAUAAUAAGGAUGAAAUCACUACCCAGGGUACUCCAUAUGACUACACCUCUGUGAUGCACUACGGGAAAGAUGCUUUCACCAAUGGAAAUGGGUCCACCAUUAUCACAAAGCUGCCUGUGUUCCAAGAUGUGAUUGGUCAGCGACUGGACAUGAGUUCCUAUGAUGCUUUAGAACUCAAUAAACUUUAUCAGUGCAAUGCAUCCAUCUCAUUCCUGGACCACUGCAGUUUUGAUAAUGGGAGUCUGUGUGAGAUGAGUGUCUGUUCUCGCUCUGACCAUGGAUGGGAAAGAGUGACCAAUGUCACUGGAGGUCCCCACUCUGACCACACUUACAUGGGGAGUGAGUCUCAAGCUGGAUUCUUCAUGCAUAUCAGCACAGUAAAUGGUCUGGAAGGUGACACAGCAAAACUGGAAACCAGGAGAGUGAUACCAAGACGACACUGUAAAGUUCAGUGUCUGCAGUUCUUCUAUUACCACAGUGGAAAUGACUCUGACCAGCUCAACAUCUGGAUCAGAGAGUUUGACAGUGAGGCUGACCCGAAUGGAACACGCAGACUGAUGGGCCAGAUCACAGGUCCCCCAGCCAAUUACUGGCAGCUCCAUCAUGUACCCCUUAAUGCUACAAAAACAUUCCAGGUGGAAUUUGAAUCACAUAAAGGAGCAGGAAGUUCCACUGGUGGCUUUUCUGUGGAUGAUAUUAACCUGUCAGAGACUGAGUGUCCACACAACACUUGGCAGAUAAGAAACUUUGAAGAGCUUUGGAAUUCGAGUUCUCCAGGGACUGACAUAUUUAGCCCAAGAUAUUAUUCUCCUGAAGGCUAUAGUUAUCAAGCAGCUGUAACAUUCUACACAGAAAAUGCUUUUGUCCAUGUGCGUCUGGUGUCUGGGGCCUAUGAUGAUCAGCUGCAGUGGCCUUGUUCACUGAGGCAAAUAACCGUUUUACUGCUUGACCAGCACCCUCACAUCCAACAACGUAUGUCAAGACAGAAGAGCAUCACCACAGAUUCACAGUGGGACAACCCCCAGGUGAUUGGAACUCCGACAGGCGAGAACAACAACACAGUUUAUGCAACAGAAUGGUUUUACACAAACUUUUACGUGGAAAGAAAAAACCUCAAGGACCGAGCAUUUGUUAAAGGUGGUGAUGCCUUCUUAGUCCUUGAUAUGCAGGGUAAGUGUUAA